UAUCAGUUCUUGUGCGGUAGAGUUUCUUCCUCACACAAACCCUAGUUUUUGUUUUUUAAAUCGUUUUUAACCGCUAUCGUUCCCUCCGAAGGCCGGGGAUUUAAUCAUGGUGAGAACGAAGGUGGAAAUCAAGAGAAUUGAGGACAAGGCGAAGAGGCACACUACCUUCACCAAGCGCCGCCAAGGCCUGUUCAAAAAAGCCAGCGAGCUCUGCAAGCGGUGCAACGCGGAGGCCGCCGUGAUAACUUUCUCGUUAGCCGGCAAUGCGUUCGCCUUCGGACAUCCUUCCGUGAAUGCUGUAUUGGCUCGCUACGAUAGCUACGACGCCAAUCGGGGUAGUGUUGAUGACGAUGAUGCAGAGGCUCGGAAGGUUCCAGAAGAUGCGGUGGUGGUGGCGAGUAAUGAAGGUUUAAAUGAUGAAGAUGAUGAUAUGAAGGUGGAAGAGAUGAGCAUGGAAGAACUGGAAAAGCUCGAUUCAGCUAUGGAAGAGAUGAAAAGAAAAGUGAUUGCUCGUGUAAAUGAAAUCAUUAGUCUAACCGGUUGA